AGAAGAGUUCCAUUUACACCUGUGUCUGGCAAGGCCCAUACCCUAGUCGCCUGCUCCUUACUCUCUGCUUCCACUUCGUCGAGGCACGGCCGCAGCGAGCUCAACCCCAAGUCUGUCUUUGAAAGGAUGGUGAGAGUCAGCGUUCUGAAUGAUGCUCUAAAGAGCAUGUACAAUGCUGAGAAGCGGGGAAAGCGGCAAGUCAUGAUCAGGCCUUCCUCAAAGGUUAUCAUCAAGUUUCUGUUGGUCAUGCAAAAGCAUGGAUAUAUUGGUGAAUUUGAGUUUGUGGAUGAUCACAGAGCUGGAAAAAUUGUGGUUGAACUAAAUGGGAGGUUGAACAAGUGUGGGGUUAUUAGCCCUCGUUUUGAUGUUGGUGUCAAAGAGAUUGAGCCCUGGACUGCUAGAUUGCUUCCCUCUAGACAGUUUGGAUAUAUUGUGUUGACAACUUCUGCGGGCAUCAUGGACCACGAAGAGGCUAGGAGGAAAAAUGUUGGUGGAAAAGUUCUGGGUUUCUUUUACUAGGUUGAGCUUUCCCUGUUCUGCUUAUGGAAAAUCUUUUCGUAUUUCAAGGAGUUUUUUAGUGCAAUGAUGCAAGUUUUGUAGUUGAACAAUUUCAUUUGUAUGCUUGUUUUCCCGUUCCAUUUUAAGGAUAUGAUUAUCUAGCCAUAAUACAAAGAUUAUAAUUUUUCA